GCUCGGAUUCCUAAUUGGCAUGGAACGCAUACGUCGUGUUGAAAAAGUGGGCGAAAAAAACCCGCAAGAGCGAAACUAGGAAAUACAUAAUAUGGACCCUACCUACUAAUACACCUCUUAUGCUUUAUACAUCACCCCCUUUUCUCUCUCGGCCGAGCAAGUAUUAAAUAAAUAAGAGCUGAAAAAAGGAUCAUACGCAAUCCAUGCUUAAACUGUAUGUGCUGGGGAGACCGUUAUCCCGUACUGGUUAGUUCUUAGUAUACUUCUCGUCUUCAGCCCUAGCUUUCACGGUUUAGCCUGGACGGGGGACUUCAUUCGAGCAGCUUAGCAGCUAAGUCCUACCCUACCAAAUGAUAGUACGUUUUCCUACUACGAAUCCUUGGUGUGAAUCAUCCAUGGAUCCUAAAAUUCAUCGCUGCGUCGUCUUCGGGUGGGCCCGGAUGUAAGGGCGUCAUGUACUUUAUAUACCCAACGACUUGAACAGUUUGUUCUACCGUCGUUCCAUUGUUCCAUCAUCUUCAUCUUCAUAAUGUCUAGUAAACCUCGAGUUAUCGUGAUAGGGGCUGGCCCCGUAGGAUUAUAUACGGCACACGCUCUCGCUAAAGCAAAUAUCGAUUACGUCGUUCUCGAGCAACAAAAGGACGUCGCCUUCCAUAAGGGUGCCGGUAUUGUCCUAUUUCCUGCUUCAGUACGACUGGUUGAUCAACUUGGAUUAUACGACCGUGUCGAAAAAUUAUCGACUCACCUCAAUAGCAAAAUCAACACAUUACAAGAUGGAACUGUCAUCGUCCGAUUCAAGUUGUUUGAACCAAUCGAAGAAAAAUUCGGAUACCCCUCCUUUGGAUUUUCACGACGCGAGAUGAUUCAAGUCCUUUAUGAUACCCUACCCGAACGAGAGACCCGAAUACGGACCAAUGCCCGCCUAGUUGAUAUCGAGACACAUGAUAAAGGAGUGCGCGUUCGCCUUAGCGAUGGUACUGUGGAGGAAGGUUCUUUGGUGAUAGGGGCCGACGGGGUUCACUCUCGCACACGAGAAAUAAUGGGUAGACUCAUCCGUGAGUCAACGGAUGACGUAGACGGUGGAAAAGCGUAUCCCAUGAUAGCAAACUUUAAAGCUAUCUUUGGACGAACCCCAGUGCCCGAACAUCUCAAGAGUCAGACGGGCUUAUUUGCGGAAACUCACGGGACCGGUGUGACAUCGCAAGCAGUUAUCGGCAAAGAGUUUAUCUAUUACUGUAUAAUUAGGACAUUGCCCAAACCAACAACCGGACGGCGCAGAUUUACCGACCAAGAACUCGAAGAAGAAGCCCGGAGGUAUUUCGAUCUCAAUUUAUUCCCUAAAACUAGGUACGAAGACCUCUGGGCUGCUACAACGCCUGGCGAAGCUUCUUUGGUGCACUUGGAGGAGGGGUUUGUCGACCAAUGGUACCACAACCGAGUCGUCCUAAUGGGCGAUGCUAUACAUAAAAUGACCCCUAUGAACGGAAUGGGGGUUAACAUCGGUAUGCAAGAUGCCACCGUACUUGUCAACCAAUUACAAAGCCUAUCGAGCUCAAGUCCUGAUUGGUCAGCCGAUGCGUUAGAAAAGGCCCUCCAUAAUUACCAGAGCACUCAAGAAACGAUAGGCCGUCAAAUAACUGACCAAGGAGCAAUGAUGACGCGAAUGGUCAGUUGGAGCACGUGGUUUGGUUGGUUUUUCGACCGAUUCGUCACGCCUUGGUUGGAUCUCACGAGCAUGGCGUUAAAGGGGUUUGGUCCUCUGAUGGCCAAUUCGCACAUAUUGGAAUACAUCCCCUUCGAAGGGAAGGCUGGUCUUGUUCCUUGGAAAAACCAUCCCAAGGUUCAGGCCUGAUCUAGCACAAGUUUAUCUUGUACCAAAAUAUGUACUACUACUAGCCAUAGAAUAAUCCCAUCAAUAUAUUCCCCAGGGGACAUCCCACUUCAUUUAAUAUUCUCGCAUCAAGUUGGGAAAUUUUGAGAGCACCAAGGGGGUAGAAGCCUCUAAUGUCUAUGACCAUCGUGCACCCAGUUAUUUGUAUAUACCUGCCUACUUAUCAUAGUACGGAAGACGCUCUCUUACAAUCGUAGGGAUACCUAAUCUCCAAGUAGUUGAAUGAAGACUCCAAUGACGAAGACUGUUAAACUACUCCGUUGUCCGUGAUACUAGUACAUGUUCACAAUAAUAAAAAACACGCAUGAAACAAACUUCU